AUGGCCAGGUCUGGCUCCUCCAGCCUGUCCGGCAGCUCAGUGGACCAGACGGCAAAUCGUGACCGCAUCCAUGACUUCCGGCUCAUCUCGAGGGCGCAGGAGCAGAAGCGGGGACAGGGACAGUGGGACGGUGUCCCUGCACCACCAUCGCCGUAUGACGAAGCACAGCAGACUAUCACUAACGUGCAGGUGAACCAGAAAGUGGGCCUAUUCGAGGCGCACAUCCAAGCACAGAGUGCUGCCACCCUGGCGCCCCGCAGCCCGCGCCUAGGCCGGGCCCGCUCACCCUCUCCGAGCUCCAUCCGCAGCAGCAGCCAGCCCCCGAAAAGGGGCCUGGCUCAGGGGCCCCCCAGCGAGGAACGGAGGACAAAAUCCUGGGGGGACCAGUGUCCAGAGACUCCCGACGUGGACUCCGAGAGGAGAGGUUUCAGCUCGAUCCCCUCGAAGGACAAGGAGGGAGUGGCGCUCCUCCAGGGCUGGGCCAUCCGGACCGAACCAGAUGCUUAUAAUACAGCGGCUUCGCAGAAGAGGGAGAAGGGACCUCCUGCCAGUCCCUGUGGUGACUCACCGGACCUUGCCGUGGAAAUUGACAAAAGUGACACCCCUGUUUCAGAAACUUGGAGCUGUGAAGCUCCUGUAUUGGAGCCUGUCGGACCAAGCUUAGGGAUGGACACAGAAGUAGCAGGGCCAGUCACAUCCGUAGGGCCUCACCGUCCACAUGACACUGCCCUCAUGGAGUGGGCCAGCGAGCCUGGGGACUCACACCCCGGGGAGGCCCUGGUGGAGCGGCAAGGGCAGUUUCUGGGCAGUGAGACAAGCCCGACCCCAGAAUGGGUUGGGCAGUGUGAUGGAGAACCCCGUGGGAAGGCGGGGAGAGGGACUCUGCCCUCUGGCAGCCCCUUCUCCAGGGAGCCUGAAGUCCCUGAAAAGCCGGCAAAGAACCCUGCACCUGUGCCAGGCUUGGAGCUGUCAGAGGCCCUGAGCUGCUCAGCGCUACCUGGACACCUGGGUUCUGUAGGCGCUGGGGAGGCUCAGCCUCUCCCUGACAGAGCCGGGGAAGGGUCUCCCUCCUGGGGCUUGCUUGGGGGCAGUCCCGCAGCACAGCCAGGGCCCAAGCAGGUGGAGGCCCGAGUUCCUUCUGGCAGAAUGUUGGAGCCUCUGCCCUGCUGGGAACUGGGGAAAAGCCUGAAUGAACCCCAGUGCUCUCCCAGGGACGGUGUGCAGCCUCGGGGCUCCAGGCCUUGGCUGCCUCCCAUGGAGGAAGCUGGCCUGGCCAGGACCCCAGGCACAGGGGUACAAAAGAAGGGGACUUGGGAAAGCCAGCUGCAGGAUGGAGAUGCCCGCCCCCGGCCAGAGCAGCUUCCCUUGGACCAGGACAAGCCUUCCUUGAGAGAGGCCUGCAGCCCCAGCAGCUCACCUGCUAUACCUGCCGUCAUCAUUACAGACAUGGGUGCUCAGGAGGACGGCAGCUUGGAGGAGGUGCACGGAAGCCCUCGGGGCAGCCUGCCCCUGAGGAAGCUGUCCUCUUCUUCUGCCUCCUCCACGGGCUUCUCCUCGUCCUAUGAGGACUCGGAAGAGGACAUUUCCAGUGACCCGGAACGCACCCUAGACCCCAACGCUGCCUUUCUUCAUACCCUGGACCAGCAGAAACCCAGAGUGAGCAAAUCAUGGAGGAAAAUAAAAAACAUGGUGCACUGGUCUCCCUUUGUCAUGUCCUUCAAGAAGAAGUAUCCCUGGAUCCAGCUGGCGGGACAUGCAGGGAGCUUCAAGGCCGCCGCCAAUGGCCGGAUCCUGAAGAAGCACUGUGAGGCAGAGCAGCGCUGCCUGGACCGGCUGAUGGCGGAUGUCCUGCGGCCCUUCGUGCCCGCCUACCACGGGGAUGUGGUAAAGGAUGGGGAGCGCUACAACCAGAUGGACGACCUGCUGGCCGACUUCGACGCGCCCUGCGUGAUGGACUGCAAGAUGGGCGUCAGGACAUACCUGGAAGAGGAGCUCACCAAGGCCCGGAAGAAGCCCAGCCUGCGGAAGGACAUGUACCAGAAGAUGAUCGAGGUUGACCCUGAGGCCCCCACUGAGGAGGAACGGGUGCAGCGGGCCGUGACCAAGCCGCGCUACAUGCAGUGGAGGGAAACCAUCAGCUCCACAGCCACCCUUGGCUUCAGGAUCGAGGGCAUCAAGAAAGAAGACGGCUCUGUGAACCGUGACUUCAAGAAGACCAAGACAAAGGGGCAGGUCACCGAAGCCUUCAGGGAGUUCACGAAAGGAAACCAGAACAUCCUGGUUGCCUACCGGGACCGACUGAAGGCCAUUCGAACCACCCUUGAAGUUUCUCCCUUCUUCAAGUGCCAUGAGGUCAUUGGCAGCUCCCUGCUCUUCAUCCAUGACCGGAAGGAACAGGCCAAGGUUUGGAUGAUUGACUUCGGGAAAACCACGCCCCUGCCGGAGGGCCAGACCCUGCAACACGAUGUGCCCUGGCAGGAAGGGAACCGUGAGGAUGGCUACCUGUUCGGGCUGAACAACCUCAUCGACAUCCUGACGGAAAUGUCCCAGGAUGCUCUGUUGGCCUGAGGCCGCCGCUCCUCCUCUCCUCUUGACUUUCCUCCUCGACUUCCUGCCUGCUGCCUGGCCUCAGGCCCCAGAACUGACCCUCCCUAGCUGCACAGCAAGACCCCUGUAGCAGAGGAGAGGCCUUCUCUGUAAAUAGUCACCUUCUAGGAGAAACUUGGCCAGUCAGUUGGUAGCACUGGCAGGGCAUGGAUGGGGUGGCCCUGGGACCCCUGGCAGCACAGGCCCAGGGUGGGCUACCCAUGUGGGCCUGCUGCCCCCUGGUGGCCAAAGUUUUUACCGCUCCCACCCAGAGAGGCCCACAUCCAGGCCAGGCUCCCGUGCCUCUGUGGAAGAACAUGUUGCUUGGGGGCAGAGGACCCUCCAAUGAACAGCCCCAGGGCUUCCAGACGUGCCACGGUGGCCUCUUCAGGGAUGAUAUGGGGAGCCUCCAGCUUCGACCCCGACCUAGGAGCCAGAA